UGCGUCUGGGUGCUUGGUGUGUGGCGGCGGCGCGUGGUGAGGGGCCGCAUGUGGCGGGCCGCGCGCCGUUCCGGCUCAGCCAGGAGACCUCCCCGCCGCCGCUGAGCCUGUUUUCUGUAUCUGUCGAAUCGGAGCGCGCCCCGCACGGGACACCCCGAGCCCUACGGCGCAGCCCGCCUUACCGGCCUGGGGACUCCACAGAGCGGGCUCAGGGAUCCCCACCGCCGCAGGCCCUGGUGCGUGACUGAUCCUCCGGCUCCCAGAGCCCCCGGCCCAGGCUGGGAUGUUUGUCCUCGUGGAGAUGGUGGACACCGUGCGGAUCCCCCCGUGGCAGUUUGAGAGGAAGCUCAACGAUUCCAUCGCCGAAGAGUUGAACAAAAAGUUGGCCAACAAGGUUGUGUACAACGUGGGACUCUGCAUCUGUCUGUUUGACAUCACCAAGCUGGAGGAUGCGUACGUGUUCCCAGGGGAUGGUGCGUCACACACGAAAGUUCACUUUCGCUAUGUGGUGUUCCAUCCGUUCCUGGACGAGAUUCUGAUCGGAAAGAUCAAAGGCUGCAGCCCGGAGGGAGUGCACGUCUCCCUAGGGUUCUUCGACGACAUUCUUAUCCCUCCGGAGUCGCUGCAGCAGCCGGCCAAGUUCGACGAGGCAGAGCAGGUGUGGGUGUGGGAGUACGAGACGGAGGAGGGCGCCCACGAUCUGUACAUGGACAUCGGCGAGGAGGUCCGCUUCCGGGUGGUGGACGAGAGCUUCGUGGACACAUCCCCCACGGGACCCAGCUCGGCUGAGGCCACCUCUUCCAGCGAGGAGUUGCCCAAGAAGGCAGCUCCGUAUACACUCAUGGACCAGACCACCAGCGGCUCAGGAGAGCAGGCCUAGGACUGGCACGCUGGUGCCCUUGUGGGCAGGCAUGCAGGGAUCCAUCAGCGAGCCGGGCCUGGGCCUCCUCUCCUGGUGGACAAGCAGCUAGCCCUACGCUGUGACCACGGACCCCGCCUGGUCCUCGGGAAGGAGGCGCAGCUGGCCCUGAAGACCACCACCGCUUGUGCAGACGGGGAGCAGUCUGCGCCCUGCCAGGCUGUCCCCUCCCCUGCCCCUCCCAGAGCCACCUGAGUGCCGCGGUCCCCACGGACUUCUGCUCGUUGGUGACAGCGGACAUUUAAUAAAUGAAGACAGCAUCACCCGGGAGAGCCGCCCUUGUCUUAGUGAUCUAGUCACCAAGUUGCCACAGCCGGGACAGCACACCCUUCCUGACCCCAGAUCACAUCUAGAGAUGACCCAGAGGUGGACUUGGGGCUGAGAGGUCCCGGCCGCCUCAGGCCAAGCUCUGGGCCAGCUGAGCCUGGUGACCCCACAAGUAACCCAGAGAGCAAGAGGCUGGUCCAGGGCAGCUGCCAGGUGCUCAUCAGCCUGACCUUCAAGGGAAACCACCUUCCUUCCUACCGCGUGUGGAAGGCGGGGGCCUGGACUCAGCCGGGCAGCUCCAUCAGGAAGUGGCGGCGGCGGGCUCUCCUGAGCCAGGGGUAAAGGCUGGCAACCUGCUGCCAUCGUUUCCCACCAGCAGUACAGCGGGGAGCCUCGGGCUGGCUGUCACUUUGCGACCUCGGCCACACUGUGAACACGCUGUGGGUCGGUCUGCUUGUGAUUUGAGAUCCUGGAGGCGGGCCUCAUCGUUUACUCAACAGAAUGGCUUUGCCAGAUUCCUCCUGCCCCUCCACUCAUUUCUGCCAGAAACCUCUCUUGGAACCAGGACAUGGUUUUAUAGCCCCCACCGGACGCCAUGUUUCUGUCAGGCAAGUCUUGUCCUGAUGAAGGGGUCGCUGUGGAGCCUGCCUCCCACCCCGGCCUUUUGGCUCACAUGGAUACAGGUCUGGAGCUGUGGGUGGUGCCAGUGGACGGCACUCCAGGGAGAGGAGCCAUGCCUGCUGCCGCCCAGUGCCAAGGGAUGGGGGCACGGCACACAGGGACUAGCUGUGACCUUGGAUGUGGUGGCCGGUCUGUACGACAGACAGACAUACACUGCGUGUCUGAAGGGCAACCCAAAGCCCAGGGGAAAGGAGAGGCUCCAUAUUGGGCCCAGGCCCAUCAGGGAAGCUACUGGAAUGUGGGGAUGGGGAGGGGAGGCUGCCCCUCAGGCAGUGAGGCUGAGAAACACGCUGUGGCGUGGCUCUCGGGGGUGUCCACUGACUGGCUGUGAAGGAACCCCCCCUGCCCCUUGCUGGAGCUGACAGCAGCAGACACCACCACUCACACAGCGACAGUCACUGAAUGUGAAUUCUUAUUUUCCUUGUAAGAGCAAAAGGAUUUUUUCAGAUCCUUCAGCCACCAGUGAAAUGAACAGGCAAGAGAAAAACUUUAG